AUGGAUUUAUCGUUCUUGCCCGUAGGAGGGGGGUUUACGACUGGUAAAUACACAUUCCCCUCAGCACGGGCCGCAAAAGUCCGCUCAUGCCCCCAGAAUCUUGUGCCUAAUGCGUUCGUCUGCAGGCUUGUUCUGCUGCAGCGUUCUGAUAGAAAAAAUAACGACAAUUUAGGCAGGCAUCUCUCAAGUGAAACCUUAACUGCGAAAAAAACUUUUUACAUUAAGUACUUAAUGAAGCAAUUAAUAAAGACAACUAACGACUCGCUAUAAAGAAUGGUUUUAUUUGUGUACCAACUGCAUAGGAUGAAUUUGACAUGGUUUGAUGCUACUCUGGUUUGAAAUUUAAUAAAUGUAACCGAGAAGCUACUCAGGAGAGCGGACUGUCUACCAUCUUCACUUGUUUCGAAGGCUGAGGAGAGAAAAUGUUUCUGCCGUCCUAGAGGUAAAUGGCUAUAAUAACCAUACUGCCAGAAACCAGUUACAUCUAAUAACACUCCUGACGAGAAGGAAACAGCGACUGGUUUUGCUGUAAUUCCUUACAUUUAG